AUGCUAAGCACACCACCCACGCCCAAUUCAAAACUAGCAAUGGUCUCCAAGGCAAACUCUCAAAACUUCAGUUUUACAAAUGAAGGAAGAGAAAAGGAGAAGUCAAGGGGAUUCUUCCAAGCUCACAAAGAUGCUAAGCAACACUUUCAGGUAUCUACCUCAAGUUUUAGAUUUCACAGCCCACAUUCCUUGCAAAAUGCCUCACUGCCCCCAACACCAGGCAUGAAGCAACAGCCCAGAGAGAAGGCUGCCAGAGGCACAGGGAAAAUGCAUGAAAUAGCACAAGGAGAAUCCUGUAGGGCAAGUGAGGAAGAUGGCCGAGAAAAGAUGUCCCCCACCUUCCACCUGGGCGACACGGCCCACCUGCAGGCAGAGGUCCGCACGGGCAGCCACCCGCCCCUGCUGCUGUUUGUGGAUCGCUGCGUGGCCACCCCGACACGGGACCAGAGCGGCUCCCCCUAUCACACCAUCGUGGACUUGCACGGCUGUCUUGUGGACGGCCUCUCCGAUGGAGCUUCCAAGUUCAAAGCCCCCAGGCCGAAGCCGGACGUGCUCCAGUUCAUGGUGGCCAUGUUCCACUUCGCUAACGACUCCAGGCACACGGUCUACAUCACGUGUCACCUGAAGGUCAUUCCUGCCCAGCAAGCCCCGGACCAGCUCAACAAGGCUUGUUCCUUCAACCAGUCCUCCAGCAGAUGGGUCCCGGUGGAAGGCAGUGCUGACAUCUGUGAGUGCUGUGGCAACGGUGACUGUGACCUCAUCCCAGGCUCCCCCAUGAACUAGAACCAUGCUGCCCGGUCCUCUGUGCGAAGCCGCAGGCACGUGACGGAAGAAGCAGACGUCACCGUGGGCCCGCUGAUCUUCCUGGGGAAGGCUGGUGACCCCGCCGGCACAGAGGGGCUGGCCUCCGCUGCACAGGCGACCCUGGUGCUGGGCUUCGGCCUGGCCACGGUGGUGUUCCUGGCUGUGGCUGUUGUGCUCCUGGGCCUCACCAGGGGGUGCCACACUGCUUCCCACCCCAGGUCUGCUUCCCAAUAA